ACUACAUUCGACAUAUGUCACUGUCAAAUUCAAAUAAAAAUGGAGGCCCAAGAAAGCAAAACAUUGCAAUCAAACAGUUUAUUAAAUUAUUAUUUAACCAUGAAUAUCAAUAAUAUUUGUAGGAUAUGCUUAGAAAAAUGUGGUAAAUUAACUCAGAUAUUCGAUCCAGUAAAACCUGCACAUUUUUCUUUUCUGAUAAUGGCGUGCGCUUCAGUACAGGUACACGAAGGUGAUGGUUUACCACCGUAUAUUUGCCAGCGGUGUGUAUCACGUUUGAACAUAGCUUUCCAGUUUAAAACCCAGUGUGAGUCGUCCGAUUCAAAACUAAGAGAAUGUUUCAAGAAUUACAGUUUGUCCAAUACUUCUGAUUUUUCUGAAUUUAUUGAAUCAGAUAAAGAUCAAGGUGACACAAAUUGCCAGUCAGGCAAUGGGGCCAGUGAAGCUGAAAACAAUCAAGCCAUGGUGCCCAAGGAAGACACUAAUAUACAACAUGUAGUUGAAAUUAAGAAUGUCGAGAACAGAUGUAUGGAGAAACAGAACAAUUUACCUAAUAAAGAAGAGAACAAUGAUCUAUCAGAAUAUAAAAUACAAUAUGCAAAUAGCUGUGAGAAAGAAGAUAUAACUGUACAAUUUGAUGAUAUUAAUAUAUUUAAUGAAAACGAAGAAACAGAUAAAGAUUCUGACCAGAAAUCUAGAAAAAUAUUGAAAAUGCAUCAGUGUAAAACAUGUGGAAAAGUUUUUAAGUCCAAAUCAAGUUUAGUUCACCAUGUAAGGACACACACUGGUGAAAGACCAUAUGUAUGCCAUCUAUGUCAAAAGCGAUUUGUAAAUGGCGGUCAUCUACAUACUCACAUGAGAAUACAUACAGGAGAGAAAAAUCAUAUAUGUUUAGCAUGUAAUAAAGCUUUUGCCACAGCUCAACAACUAACAAAGCAUACUAUAGCAAUACACACUUCUGAAAGACCUUAUGGAUGUACUUACUGUACAAAAAGGUUUGCAAGUUCCAGUAAUUUAAGCACUCACAUCAAGAUCCAUACUGGUGAAAAGAAUUUCCAUUGUGAGUAUUGUGGUAAAACUUUUUCUACAAAGGGUCAGCUACAACAACACAUGUUAGUACAUACAGGUGAAAAAGCAUUCCUAUGUGAAUUCUGUAAUAAAAGGUUUUCACAAAAAGCUCACUUAAUUCGACACUUAAAAACACAUAAAAAUCCUUCAGAAUAAUAUAUUAUCUUUUUUUUGUAUAUAAUUCAUACAGUAUCUACUUCUAAUUACUAUAAGACUGAUAUAUUUAUUUUAUUAUUAUUUGUAAUUAUUUUUAAGUUUCUAUUCUCUAGAAUAACAGUAUAUAUAAAAAAAUUUUUAGUAUACAUUGAAUAAAAAACAAAUACUUCAAUAGA